AUAUGAUUGGCUUGAUCUACGGAUGACGUGGAGAUUUCUCCAUUUUGUGUUGUGUGCAGAGUGGAUUCAAUAGGGUUUAGCAAAGAAAAACUCAGGUUCGUAAAUUGGUUGCAUAAUGCCAAAGGUGAAAACGAGUCGCGUGAAAUACCCUGAUGGGUGGGAAUUGAUUGAGCCUACCCUUGGUGAAUUAGAUGCGAAGAUGAGAGAAGCUGAGAAUGAUUCAGAUGAGGGUAGAAGAAAAUGCGAAGCUUUAUGGCCUAUUUUCAAGAUUGCCCAUCAAAGAAGCCGUUACAUUUUCGACCUUUCCAAAACCAAUGGAAUUUCUAAAGAGCUUUACGAGUUUUGUUUGGAACAAGGUUAUGGUGAUCGUAACUUAAUUGCCAAAUGGAAAAAGCCAGGAUACGAAAGACUCUGCUGCCUGCGCUGCAUUCAGCCUAGGGAUCACAAUUUUAGCACAACCUGUGUGUGCAGGGUCCCAAAGGAACUAAGAGAGGAGAAAGUUGUUGAGUGUGUUCAUUGUGGUUGUAAGGGCUGUGCAAGUGGAGAUUGAUUGACGGCUACUUUCAUGCAAUAUUCUGUGUACUUUAAGGUACAAAGGUCUCCCCUUUGUCCAAAGCUUACUCUCACUCUUAACUGCUUGCUUUAGCUGAAUUUGUGAUAUGACUAUUAAGGGUCAGGCAUUAAGUAUCAUAGAUAGCCGAUUAAGUUGGAAAUGAAUGAAUUCUAUAGUGUAGUUGAUUAAUAGUUCAUUCCCAUCAUCAAUUUGUCUUCAUUGAUUAGUUGAAUUGCAAAUUUUUUGUUACCUUAGAAAACAUUAUCUGCUGAAUAUGUCACCUUUCAUUGUAACAUUUAAUGCCUAUUAUAAUUAGCUCUUUUCUUUUA